AUGCAGAAUGCAUCUCACACUGCGAUGGAGCCCUGUCUCGCCUUGGAUUCGUGGAUUUUGGAUCCAUAUGAGAAUGCGGGUCAACAUGUAGGAAGCAUUAUCAGCUUCUGGUCAAUGUCCCUUCUGAUGCUCUUACACUUGGGAGCGGUUGCCAGAAGCAUCAGGAAGGAUGGGACAACACGUUGGGUCCCAGUGCUCCUCACGACAUUUUUUUUCUGCAGCUUCGUUUCCGGUAUUCUACAAGCGGUGGCCCACAGCUUCAGCACUGGCACUACAAAGACUCACCUUCUGCUGACGGCCCGGUUGUGGUUGGGUUUCGCUGCGGGAACCUGUCUCUUUCUGGGAACCAGCAUGGGAGAAGCCCUGAUGGCUGGCAAACGCGAACUGGCAGCCAUCCGAUCUCUCAGCUGGGUCUUCUUCGUGUUCGGGACCGGCGCCUCGGUUUUUGCCCUGGCCCUGGCUUCAGAUGGCGAUGACUUCGUGCAAGCCGGAGUGAUGAGCGCAGCAUUUCUCUGGGCAGACGCCUUUUGGAUCGCAACUUGUCGCAAGAUGCAACGAGAAGGUACCCUCCAAGAGAAAAGUAUACUAUUGCCAAAGCUUGGCGGUCCGAUCCUCAUGGCUCUGGCUUUUUGGAUUCUUGCAAGCUUGGAACCAACUUGCGGUGCGAAAGGCCAUUCGGAUUGCUACAAAUCCUGCCCUGUUGGCGGCCCGGGGGCAGGCCCUGGAUUGCCACACGUCUUCUUCGUGGGAUUUUUUGUCUUCGGGAAACUGUCUCAAGUGCUUGAGACCGCUGCCAGCGGCCAGAUUUACAUAGCCCGAGAUUUGGAGAGCUUGGCUGUGGCCUUCGCAACGGCCCAAAUCCGCGCCGACAGCCUCUACGAGGCCAUUGCGAGACGCAGCCGCACGAUGCUCACAGAUUUCAACUCUUUGGACCUGGCGAACAUGGCUGUGGCACUCCGGAAGGCAUCCUGGGAAGAUCCGGACCUCAUGUGCGACAUCGCGCGUCAUGCGAUCCCUCAGCUGCGGGCCGGCAACGCGCCGUCCCAAGCUUUGGUGGACUUUGCCUGGUCCUUCCGCGCACUCCCAGUGGCCAACUUGCAGGAUUUUUGGACGGCCUGGUCGAGCGAGGUCUUGAGGAAGAUGUCUCGGCACGACCUCCGCCACCUUGUGGCUUUGGAGGCCCUGUCCCCGGCUCCCACGCGUGCCACCGUGGGGCAACAGCUUGGGCGUGUCCUGUACCGCCUGCUUCGGGUGCUUCCGCAAACCCCCUCCGACUGGUUUGGAGAGGACUACUCUAACCUGCUUCGCGGCCUGCGGAUAGCCGACCUCGGAGCGGCUGCUACCACCUUCUUCCUGUCACAGCUGGGUCUUGCGGUGACCUUUCAGGCCACUUCAACACUGAUCCUGCGAGCACUGUUCGCCGGUCGGGUGAACUUGGUGAUCGCUCUGUUCAGUACCACUGAACCGAAGGCGGCGAAUGCUGCAGCAAAGCUUCGGUUCUGCCACUCGGCAGACUCUCGUGAAGCUGGCGUUCCUGGGUACUCCUUGCAUGGUCAGCCAGAGAGGGUGAUCUGCAAAGAGGAGGCAGCGAAGCUCUCCCGGUUGCAGUCCACCUGGCUGUCUCCGGUUCGGCACUUGCGUGCAGGGCCAGUGGUGGAUCGCACCCAGUGCUGCCUCUUUCAGGUGCUCGAGGACUUGGCCCCAGUGGCUGCGAACCUCAAGGACGCACCCAGGCUUCGCAUCGUGGGCGACGGCACGCCCUGCGUCUCCUGCGUUGGGGCAUUGGCGCAGCUGCGGCAGCAUUUGCCGGAUCUGGAGAUCGAAGUCACCUUGAAGCCGCGCUUGAGACAAGAGGGUUAG